UACUCGUUCGUCCUCCUCUCCUCUUCUGCCGCGCCCUGAUAACGACCGAAUCCGACUUUCGCUUUUCCUUCUCCAAGAGUUUACGAACCCAGAUCUUUCAUCCUUCUCCUAGUACAGCUUCUGCUAUCUUCAUUUUCCUUCGAAAAUGGCCUCUUUCCAGGAUCGUGCUCAGCACGCCAUUGCCCAGCUCGACAAGGAGCUCUCCAAGUACCCUGUCCUCAACAACUUGGAGCGCCAGACCUCCGUCCCCAAGGUCUACGUGAUCCUGGGCCUGGUCGGCGUCUACUUCUUCUUGGUCUUCUUCAACAUCGCCGGUGAAUUCCUCGUCAACCUCGCUGGUUUCCUCAUCCCUGGUUACUACUCCCUGAACGCUCUGUUCACCGCCGGAAAGGCCGACGACACACAGUGGUUGACGUACUGGGUUGUUUACGCUUUCUUCACCGUCAUUGAGAGCGCUAUCUCUGCCCCCUACUGGUUCCCCUUCUACUACAUCUUCAAGUUCGCCCUUGUCCUCUGGAUGUCUCUUCCCCAGACCAACGGUGCCCAAGUUGUCUUCCACUCCUUCAUCCAGCCCGUGCUCGGCCGCUUCUUCCAGGGCGGUUCCACUUCGGCCAACCUCCGCGCCCAGGCCGAGGCUGCUGCCAAGGACCAGUAAAUAGCUAAACCGUGAACUCCGGGUGAAUCUGUGGCUUGAUCUCGGUCAACUCACAGAGUCAGUCGUGUCUCGGUUUAUGUUUUGGAGGAAUUUUGCAAAACAAAGGCAAGACGAAAGCUUUCCUUCUGGGAUCCUUUCAAUGCCGAUAUGUUUGGAAAAAAUCGAUGUAACUGGAUGAAGCGGUGUGAUUGAUUGAUUGAUUGACUGAUUGAUACGAUACGAUACUUUGAGCCUUGUCGGGCGAGAAUUGGGCUAUCCUUGUGUGGUUGUUUUCAUGCUGUUCAUUUUUGCCAUGACUUGAAUCUAAGUAGAAUUGCGUGUUGAAUCUUUUUGCGUUGGUUGGAAAGGGGAGAGGUUAUCACGGGCCUAAUAUCCGUGCUCUCUCCCAUGGCUGUGUGGUAUUAUUAUUAUAGCUAUACUUUGAUGCAUUAUGCCUCGUUUCUUGGUAAAUUGAGCAUUGUCAAUAACUUG